AUGGAGAAUGCCUUCACAAAGACGCCUGCGGAGGCGCUGAGCCAGUUCCAGGUCUCCGAGGACAGCGGGCUGUCGGAGCAGCAGGUGCGCAGCUUGCGGGAGAAGCAUGGCAGGAAUUCGUUGCCAGAAGACCCGCCCACGCCCGUGUGGGAGCUCAUUCUCGAGCAGUUCAAGGACCAGCUCGUCAUCAUCCUACUAGGCUCUGCCGCCGUAUCCUUCGUCCUCGCCCUGUUUGAUCGGGAAGAGGGCUGGACGGCCUUUGUAGAUCCAGCAGUCAUUCUCACCAUCCUCGUCCUCAACGCCGUCGUCGGUGUCUCGCAAGAAACGAGCGCGGAAAAGGCGAUUGCCGCCCUCCAAGAAUACUCGGCCAACGAAGCAAAAGUCGUACGCGACGGUCACAUUGCCCGCGUCAAGGCGGACGAGCUGGUUCCUGGCGAUGUCAUUUCCGUCACGAUUGGCGACAGGAUACCCGCAGACUGCAGGAUUCUGUCCAUCCACAGCAACAGCUUCAAUGUGGACCAGUCCAUCUUGACGGGCGAGAGCGAGAGUGUACCCAAGGAUACGCGUGUGGUCAAGGAUGAAAGCGCUGUCAAGCAGGAUCAGAUCAACAUGUUGUUCUCGGGUACCACGGUGGUGACGGGCCACGCGACUGCCCUUGUCGUCUUGACGGGUGGAAAUACCGCCAUUGGAGAUAUCCAUGAAAGCAUCACCGCUCAGAUCUCGCAGCCGACGCCGCUCAAGGAGAAGCUGAAUGACUUUGGUGAUCAGCUGGCCAAGGUCAUCACCGCCAUCUGCAUCCUCGUCUGGCUCAUCAACGUGCGCAACUUCAGCGACCCCUCGCAUGGAGGCUUCGCCAAGGGCGCCAUUUACUACCUUAAAAUCGCCGUCUCUCUCGGUGUCGCGGCCAUUCCAGAAGGUUUGGCCGUCGUCAUUACCACCUGUUUGGCUCUGGGCACGCGCAAGAUGGCGGCGAGAAACGCGGUUGUGCGCAGUCUGCCUUCGGUGGAGACGCUGGGAAGCUGCAGCGUCAUCUGCUCGGACAAGACGGGUACUCUGACUACCAAUCAGAUGAGCGUCAACAAGAUGGUCUUCAUCAGCGAGGACGGCAAGGGUCUCGAGGAGUUUGAUGUCGCCGGUACUAGCUUUGCGCCCGAGGGCCAGAUUACGCUGCGGGGCAAGGCGGUGGAGAAUCUGGCUGCCCAGUCGGACACCGUGCGUCAGAUUUGCGAGGUCACGGCCCUGUGCAACGACGCGGCUUUGGAAUACGACUCGAAGAAUGGCACCUACAAUCUCAUUGGUGAGCCGACCGAGGGCGCGCUCCGCGUUCUGGUCGAGAAGGUCGGCACUCCUGACCUCAGCGUCAACGCAAGCCGCGCCAGUACCUCGCCCGAGGAGCGUCGGGACUUUGCUACCAAGCACUACAGCCGUCAAAAUGAACGCCUGGCUACUUAUGAGUUCUCGCGCGACCGCAAGAGCAUGUCUGUCCUGGUCCAGAGCGGCAACACGCAGAGGCUUCUGGUCAAGGGUGCGCCCGAGGCCAUUCUCGAGCGCUGCACAAACGUCGUUGUUGGCAAGAAUGGCAACAAGGUACCGCUGAACAAGCAGCUCGCCGGUCUCAUCAACAAGGAGAUUGUCGAGUAUGGUAACCAGGGUCUUCGCGUCAUUGCUACUGCAUUCGUCGACGACAUUGCCUCGCAUCCUCUUCUCGGCAAAGCCAAGACGACGCAGGAAUAUUCGCAACUGGAGCAGAACAUGACGCUUGUCGGUCUAGUCGCCAUGAUGGAUCCCCCUCGUCCUGAAGUCCGUGACUCGAUUGCGAAAUGUCGCUCAGCAGGUAUCCGCGUCGUGGUCAUUACGGGCGACAACCAGAACACGGCCGAAGCGAUUUGCCGCUCGAUUGGUGUCUUUGGCCCCAACGAAGACCUCACGGGCAAGUCGUACACUGGCCGCCAGUUUGACGACCUGAGUGACGCUGAGAAGAUGCACGCGGCAAAACACGCCUCCCUCUUCUCCCGCACCGAGCCCACGCACAAGUCCAAGCUCGUCGACCUUCUCCAACAAGCUGGCGAAGUGGUGGCCAUGACUGGCGAUGGCGUCAACGACGCGCCUGCGCUCAAGAAAGCCGACAUUGGCGUGGCCAUGGGAUCUGGAACCGACGUGGCCAAGCUGGCGGCCGACAUGGUGCUCGUCGACGACAACUUUGCCACGAUUGAAGGCGCAGUGGAAGAGGGGCGUUCGAUUUAUAACAACACGCAGCAAUUCAUCCGGUACCUCAUCUCCUCCAACAUUGGCGAAGUCGUCUCCAUCUUCCUCACCGCGGCCAUGGGCAUGCCCGAGGCCCUCAUCCCCGUCCAACUCCUCUGGGUCAACCUCGUGACCGACGGCCUCCCCGCCACCGCCCUCUCCUUCAACCCCGCCGACCACGACAUCAUGCGCCGCCAGCCCCGCAAGCGCGACGAGCCCCUCAUCAGCGGCUGGCUCUUUUUCCGCUACAUGGUCAUUGGCACCUACGUCGGCGCCGCCACCGUCGGCGGCUACGCCUGGUGGUUCCUCGCCAACCCGGCCGGCCCGCAAAUCUCGUUUUACCAGCUCCGCCACUUCCACCGCUGCUCCACCGCCUUCCCCGAAAUCGGAUGCGACAUGUUUUCCAAUGCGGCCGCGCAGGCGGCGUCGACGGUCAGCCUGAGUAUCCUGGUUGUGAUUGAGAUGCUGAAUGCGAUGAAUGCGCUCAGUUCGAGCGAGAGUUUGUUGACGCUGCCGCUGUGGCGGAAUAUGAUGCUCGUGUAUGCGAUUAUGCUGAGCAUGGCGCUGCAUUUUGCACUCCUCUAUGUUCCGGUCCUGCAGGGCCUGUUUAGUGUGGUGCCGUUGGGUUGGGGUGAGUGGAAGGCGGUUUUGGCGAUUAGUGGGCCGAUUAUUAUCAUUGACGAGGUCCUCAAGUUGGUGGAACGUCGCUUCUUCACGCAAAAGGGGAAUGAGCGCUUGGAGCGUCGGGAUGCGGGGCGGUUGAAGGGGGAGUAG